AUGCUUUCCGGAAAGAGAAAACAAGGAUUCGGUGGGCUUCAGCGCCGGGUGAGGCCGAGAAGAGAGCAGGACGAGGAGCCGGAAAUCGAGGAGACUUUCAGCAGCGAGCCUGAGGAGAUGGGUGUGGAGGGUGAUGAGAUGAGCGAGGACGAAGAGGAUGAGGACGAGAUGGACGAUGAGGAGGAGUCUGAUGGAUCGCCACCGCCAAAGAAACCCACCAUCGACAUCUCGUCAGUCUCAUUCGGCGCACUCGCCAAAGCCCAAGCCUCCAUGCCAGCGGGACGUCGCAAACGCGGCGCCGCCGCUGAACCCUCCGAACAGGACUCCGACUCCGAUUCCGGCCCUGAGGAGGCCGGAAAUGGCAGGAAACCCAAGUCGGCCGCCGACCUCGCCAAGCGCACGAGCAAGCAUGCGCCCAUGGAAAUGUCCAGCAAGAGACAGGUCUCUCGCAAGCGCGAGGUCAUCACCGUGCCCAAGAUGGAGGUGCGCGACCCGCGCUUCGACCCGCUCAGCGGCCCCGUCGACGAGGCCAAGGCCAGGAAGGCGUAUGCGUUCCUGGACGAGUACCGCGCCGACGAGAUGAAGCAGUUGCGCGCGGAGAUCAAGAAGACGAAGGAUGCGGCGAAGAAGGAGGAGAUGAAGCGGCUUUUGUUGUCGAUGGAGUCCAAGAUGAAGGCGCGGCAACGCAAGGACAGGGAGCAGGAGCUGAUGCAGGAGCACAAGCGCCGCGAAAAGGAGCUGGUGAAGCAGGGCAAGCAGCCUUUCUACCUGAAGAAGGCGGAGCAGAAGAAGAGGCUGCUCGUGGACCAAUUCUCAAAUAUGAAGAAGAGGCAGGUCGACAAGUCAAUCGAGAGGAAGCGCAAGAAGGUCGUCGCAAAGGAGAGAAAGGAGCUGGACAAGUUGGAGAGGCGACCUCGAUAG